GGCUCGGCGGGGCUCGGCGGGGCUCUGCGCCGGGCCCGCGGCGGCCCAGGGCCAGGAGGAUCCCGGCAGCGGCGGGGGACGGCUCCCGGACCCCUCCCGGGCGCGGCGGGCUCCGCUCGGGUGCUGAAGCGGCCGGCCGGCCCCACCAUGCCGUCCGGAGGGAGCCUGGAGGCCGGCAGCCCCGCGCCCAGCCGCGAGGCGCUGGACACGCACAAGGGGGAAGAGGAGCCCGAGGAGACCCCGAGCAAGGAGGAGAAGCAGGAGCCGGGGACGCCCAUGAGGAAAGCCGGGCGGCCCGGGAGGAAGCGCAAGCAUGCCCAGCAGGCGGAGAGCAGCGACACCCCCAAGGACAGCGCGGCCGUCCCCAAGUGCCCCCCGCCCUGCCCGGAGGCCAGUCCCGCCGAGCCGCUGCCCAACGGGGACGUGGAGGGGGACGCGGAGGAGGCCGCGGCCAGCCCCAAGGGCGGCCGGCCCGAGGAGGACGAGACCGAGAGCCUGGCGGACGGGGAGAGCGGCCGGGCGCUGGAGAACGGCCGCUGCACCCCCAAGGAGGGCCUGGACGCCCCGGGAGAGGAGGGCGAGCUGGCCCCGUCCGACCCCCAGAAGAAACGCGGCAGGAGGAAACUCCUGGAGGCCACAGAGAAAAGCAAGGACGAGAAGGAGGAAAACAACUUCGACACCCUGAAAAUGGAGGGCUCGCGCGGGCGGCUCCGCGGCGGGCUGGGCUGGGAGUCGAGCCUGCGGCAGCGGCCCAUGCAGCGGCACACCUUCCAGGCCGGGGACCCCUACUACAUCAGCAAGAGGAAGCGGGACGAGUGGCUGGCACGCUGGAAGCGGGAGGCGGAGAAGAAGGCCAAGGUGAUCGCCGUGAUGAACGUGGUGGAGGAGCCGGCGCGGGCCGAGGCGCAGAAGGAGGAGGAGGCCAGCCCCCCGCCCGGGCCGCAGCAGCCCACCGACCCCGCCUCGCCCAGCGUGGCCACCACGCCCGAGCCCGCCGUGGCCGAGGCGGGCGACAAGAACGCCUCCAAGUCGGCCGACGACGAGCCCGAGUACGAGGACGGGCGCGGCUUUGGCAUCGGCGAGCUGGUGUGGGGCAAGCUGCGCGGCUUCUCCUGGUGGCCCGGGCGCAUCGUGUCCUGGUGGAUGACCGGCCGCAGCCGCGCCGCCGAGGGCACGCGCUGGGUGAUGUGGUUCGGCGACGGCAAGUUCUCGGUGGUGUGUGUGGAGAAGCUGCUGCCCCUGAGCUCCUUCGCCAGCGCCUUCCACCAGGCCACCUACAACAAGCAGCCCAUGUACCGCAAGGCCAUCUACGAGGUGCUGCAGGUGGCCAGCAGCCGGGCCGGGAAGAUCUUCCCCGCGUGCCCCGAGAACGACGAGACGGACACGUCCAAGGUGGUGGAGAUCCAGAACAAGCAGAUGAUCGAGUGGGCCCUGGGCGGCUUCCAGCCCUCGGGCCCCAAGGGGCUGGAGCCCCCCGAAGAGGAGCGGAACCCCUACAAAGAAGUUUACACGGAGAUGUGGGUCGAGCCCGAAGCAGCCGCCUACGCACCGCCCCCACCCGCCAAAAAACCCCGCAAAAGCACAACCCAGGAGAAGCCCAAGGUCAAGGAGAUCAUCGACGAGCGCACCCGAGAGCGGCUGGUGUACGAGGUGCGGCAGAAGUGCAGGAACAUCGAGGACAUCUGCAUCUCCUGCGGGAGCCUCAACGUGACCCUGGAGCACCCUCUGUUCAUCGGGGGGAUGUGCCAAAACUGCAAGAACUGCUUCCUGGAGUGCGCCUACCAGUACGACGACGACGGCUACCAGUCCUACUGCACCAUCUGCUGCGGCGGCCGCGAGGUCCUCAUGUGUGGCAACAACAACUGCUGCAGGUGCUUCUGCGUGGAGUGUGUGGACCUGCUGGUGGGCCCGGGGGCGGCGCAGGCGGCCAUCAAGGAGGACCCCUGGAACUGCUACAUGUGCGGCCACAAGGGCGUCUACGGGCUGCUGCGGCGGCGCGAGGACUGGCCCUCCCGCCUCCAGAUGUUCUUCGCCAACAACCACGACCAGGAGUUUGACCCCCCCAAGGUGUACCCGCCGGUGCCCGCCGAGAAGAGGAAGCCCAUCCGGGUGCUGUCGCUCUUCGAUGGCAUCGCCACAGGCCUGCUGGUGCUGAAGGACCUGGGCAUCCAGGUGGACAGGUACAUCGCCUCCGAGGUGUGCGAGGACUCCAUCACCGUGGGCAUGGUGCGGCACCAGGGCAAGAUCAUGUACGUCGGGGACGUCCGCAACGUCACCCAGAAACACAUACAGGAGUGGGGCCCCUUCGAUCUGGUCAUCGGGGGCAGCCCCUGCAACGACCUGUCCAUCGUCAACCCGGCCAGGAAGGGUCUCUACGAGGGCACUGGGCGCCUCUUCUUCGAGUUCUACCGCCUGCUGCACGAAGCCCGGCCCAAGGAGGGCGACGACCGGCCCUUCUUCUGGCUCUUCGAGAACGUGGUGGCCAUGGGGGUGAGCGACAAGAGGGACAUCUCGCGCUUCCUGGAGUCCAAUCCCGUCAUGAUCGAUGCCAAAGAAGUGUCCGCAGCGCACCGGGCACGGUACUUCUGGGGGAACCUGCCCGGCAUGAACAGGCCGCUCGCAUCCACCGUCAACGAUAAGCUGGAGCUGCAGGAGUGCCUGGAGCACGGCAGGAUAGCAAAGUUCAGCAAAGUGCGAACCAUCACCACCCGCUCCAACUCCAUCAAGCAGGGCAAGGACCAGCACUUCCCCGUGUUCAUGAACGAGAAGGAGGACAUCCUGUGGUGCACGGAGAUGGAGAGGGUGUUCGGCUUCCCCGUGCACUACACGGACGUGUCCAACAUGAGCCGCCUGGCCCGGCAGAGACUGCUCGGCAGGUCCUGGAGCGUGCCGGUGAUCCGCCACCUCUUCGCGCCCCUGAAGGAAUACUUCGCCUGCGUCUAGGGAUGGGCAGGACUGGUCACGCGGAGCGAGUCGGAAACAAACCCAUCCACGCCAAGAGAAGUGAACACACGGAAUGAGAGAAGAGUCAGCACCCAGAAGAGAGACGGGAUUUCGCAGCCCGACGGGAACCCAGCACACGUCUCCCCGAGCGAAAGGGGUCGGUGUCCUCUCCGGAAUUUCCCAGGAUCAGCUUUAGCUGUUUAAAAGCAAACAAAAA